AUGAAUAUCAACAUAGUUUUGGCUUUAUUCGUUGUCCUCUGCCUGACCUUGAUAUCUGGUCAGAGGGAUGACUGCGAGGCACUGCGACGCGCAUGCGAAACUUGCUCGAGUAGUUUGAAUAAUCCGUCGGAUCGUAACCUACCCACUUUGAAUGCGGAGUGCAGGCGGAAGACUCGUAAUACCUGGAUUUGGCGCAAUGUUAACCGAUGCGAGCUUACCAGAUUGAAUUGUAUAGGAUCCAACCGUCGCAUGAACUGUGCAGAUAUUGCUGAACUUGCUAGAAUGCAGCGUGUCAGGACCUGA